UCUGAAUCUUGGUGCCAGUGUGGGUGGAAGAAGACCGAUGGAAUAUUCCCUGGAGUUUCAUGUGGGGAGGGGGAGCAGAUUGUGGAGUAUAUUAAUCAGGCACCUUCAUCACCAAAACCACCAUCUCAUGCUUAGAGACAUCAGCAGGAGAGAAGAGCAGCCACCCUUUCGGAAGACACCAUGACCAGCCUGAAGACAGCUCUCCUGGUCGCCCUGGUCCUGGCUGUUGCUUGCCAACACGUAACAGCAUUCUGUGCUCCCAAGACUGUUGAGUGUUGUGAGCAAUUUAGGAAAUCACCGCUUCGCUUGAGAGAUCUGAAGUGUUUCUACUGGACUUCCAACGAGUGCCAUCUCAAUGCUGUCGUGUUGGUUACAAAAGAUGGUCAAAGGUCCUGUGCUGAUCCUGAGAAGCGCUGGGUGAAGCGGGCCAUGGCAACAUUGCCAGAAGAAAGAGAAGAAAGUUGAAGCAUCGGAGAGCAACCUCUGGCUGGCCCGAAGGAAGGCACCGAAGAGCUCCUCUGGUUUCCAGCUCUUCACACCCGCUUCUACGAAUUGUAUCAGCUUUUCACUGCUAAAAGGCAAACAUUUCCUCUGCAGCUAGAGCCUUGAAAACCGUUUCACUGCCAUAGCUUCCUACUCCCCUUUCCAAAAUCCCUGGGAAUUGUAGUUUUCUGACCUGCUAGAAUCAUCUUGCCCCUUAGACAACUACGGUUUCCAGAAUCCCUUUGUUGGGAACCAUGGUUCUUAAGGAGGGUUGAAUGUGGUUUAAAAUCAGUAGUGUAGACUUAGCUAUGGGGGUCCGAGAAAACGAUGUUUGGGUGAGUCUUUGAAUGCCCAGCAAGCACUGUGACUUUUCAGAAUGUUAGCAUUUCAUAAAACGCACAAGCAACAGACCAAGUGCCCAGGAUAACUGACAAGUGGCAUCUGAGUAUUUCCCGCUGCCAUGUAUUCAGAAUGCUGCUGCCUUCAAUGGGGCACCUGUCUGCCUUUCCCAGCUCGCACUGCUUCCCUGCUUCAUCAGCAUCAUUCCUGGCUGUUCUUGGCCUAGAAAGAGAUGCCCAAAGAGAAGGCUCCCAAAGAGGCGAGAACUUGUGUGGUGUGCCUCUUCCUCUGGCGCUUGGGCUGAAGCAAGCCCUUUCCCACUGAGGGGCAGAUGCUUUGGGAGCUCCCAGCCAACCUCAGCCAAGAUGUUUUGUGGCCAGGCCUACGGAGCGAGCUGACUGGCAUUGUGACGGCUGCUGCAUUUCUUGAUGUAUUUCUAAAUGUGUCGUUUUCAUCCUUGUUAGAUGGGAUUUCUAAACCUUGUUUCAGGAAGAAUGUAGGAAUUUAACUGUA